UGCAGAACAGUGUAAAGGACAACACUCUACACCAUGGAUCAUAAAAUCAUCAUCUUCUUAUGUUUUCUUGGAUACAUUCAUGUGUCUUCAGGACAGGGAUCUACAACUAUAUUGCCAAUGACAACAACUGCCCCAACAUCGGCUUCCCAAAAUACUACAUUGCCAACAACAACUGCAGCCUCAACAACUACUGACCAAACUACAACUGUAGGUUCAAUGACUCCAGCCACAACUACAACUGUGGCACCAUCAACAGCUAUAGACCCAACAACAACUCCAACAACACCAUCAGCCCAAACGACAUCAGAUCCAGGGCUUCCAACUGCUGCCCCAACAACGACAACACCAUCAGCCCAAACGACAUCAGAUCCAGGGCUUCCANCGACAACACCAUCAGCCCAAACGACAUCAGAUCCAGGGCUUCCAACUGCUGCCCCAACAACGACAACACCAUCAGCCCAAACGACAUCAGAUCCAGGGCUUCCAACUGCUGCCCCAACAACGACAACUCCUGUCCCAACAUCAACUCCGACAACAACCUCAACAACUCCAACUACUACACCAACUACUACUCCAACCACUACUCCAAGCACAACUCCAACCACAACUCCAACCACAACUCCAACCACAACUCCAAGCACAACUCCAAGCACAACUCCAACUCCUCCGUCCAUGGAAAGUUCAACCCCUCCCGGCUUGGAGUUUCUAAUGCAUCUAAACAUGAAGUUAAGAUCUUAUGGGGAGAUCAGCAAUGGAACAGUAAUAGAGCUCAUUAAACAGUUUUUUGAAGAUCGUCUUCCUCGUGGAACAGCUCAUGCAGUGACUGUGCGAAGCAUUCAGAGGGUUAGAGUUAACCCACAGAGCAUCACAGAGUAGAUCGGAGAAACAAGUUGGCGACAUUAUUCAAUCAAUAUAUCACCUGUCACCUUAAAUAUGUUUUUAGUCUAACUUUAAGUAUUAACGCUUGGUGUAGUAGGCCAGUAUUCCAGAAACAUGGUUCAACAAAUCCAAUCUCUCCAUGAUACAGGUUAAUUCUGAUUUGGUUUUCAAUUCUAGCAGCUAAUCUCCUUAAAUUCAGUCAAUUUUGAGUAUCUAAACCAGGGCUGUCUAAACUUUGGACGGCCCUAAUACACCGGCUCUAAUACACCAUUGUAAAAAUCUACAAUAAAUAUCCAGCUAUUUCAUUUGCUUGAUUUUAGGCUGCGUUUUCUUUGGCCCAUGAUUAUUUUUGAGUUUGAAAUUUUGUCCCACAUGGCAAAAAGUUUGGACGCCCCUGAUCUAAACCUUAAGUUGUCAGGUAGAUUUUGAGAAUGACUGAAUUUGAUUUAAAGUAAAGCUGUUGCAGUAACAGUAACUUGAAUAUCAACCAGUGUGGAUCAGAAAAGAGUUUCCCCAAAUUCAGAGUUUAGAAAAACCUGCUUUCUGGAACAACCAUAUGAAGUACAAGAGAUUAUAUGGUGUAGAUUUGGCCUCUCCUGACUACAGCGUGUGUUAUUCCAGCUGUGAAAAUGUAAAACUGCAGAGUUCUGUACUUUCUCUGAUCAAAUUAUUUGAUUUAACCUGUAAGUCAAAUCAAAUUGUAUUUGCUAUCCUGUUACUGUGGAGUUUAAUUACUAUUUUGUUGUGUUUCUUCUCAGUUUGACAGAUAUAGGAUCAUUUUUAAACUGGAUUUGAAGUGAAUUGUUUUUGUUGCUGCUUUGGGCAAACAUGCUCAGAAAAAAAACUUUUUUGUACACUGGCUUAUAAUUUCUUCUAACAUGUUUUUAUUGUCUUUGGGUUCAAGUUUUAAUUAACAUUCAGAAGAUUGCUUGUAUUUUAGCUUUUUUUCCAGCUUUGUAAUUUUUACAUGUAAAGUACAAUAAAAUAAUUUAUAUAAAUUACAA